AUGUCAUCGAAUAACCAUCGUCAUCUGGAUGGCCAUCCUUACAGGGGCUACUACUCAGCUUUUCAAAAAGAUACGUCCACAAAUAUCCUUUCUGUCGCAAAGCGCAUAACUCAAGAUGAGAAGAUAUACAGAACUGAUACCCAAAGUGUAUUUUCAGAGUGUGGUCAGUCAAUUGGAGUGAACCCAAUCACAGAUAAAAGGGACCCCACACUAGAUCCUGAAUCACCUCAUUUCAAUUCGAAACGUUGGGUUCGCAAUAUGUGGCACCUAUAUCAAUCAGAUUCAGACUAUUAUAAACCAAACAAAUUGGGUGUGGCUUAUAAAAACUUGAGGGUCUAUGGGAACGCCAUAGAAAGUGAUUAUCAAACUACUGUGUCCAAUGGUGUUCUCAAAUAUGCUUCCAAAUUCUUCAAUUAUUUCAGGGCUUCGAAUGAUGAACUUCUGUUUGAUAUUUUAAAACCAAUGGAAGGUUUAAUCAGACCGGGUGAAGUUACAGUAGUUUUGGGGAGACCUGGUGCUGGUUGUUCAACCUUUUUGAAAACAAUUGCUUGUCAUACUGAUGGAUUUGAAGUUGCUGAUGGAUCAAUAAUUUCUUAUGAUGGUAUAACCCCAGAAGAAAUACGAAAACACUUGAGAGGAGAAAUUGUAUAUUGUGCUGAAACUGAAACUCAUUUUCCAAAUUUGACUGUUGGUCAAACUCUAGAAUUUGCUGCAUUGAUGAAGACACCAAGAAACAGACCUGCUGGUUCCUCUCGAGAAGAAUAUGCGAAGCAUAUUGUUGAUGUUGUUUUGGCCACUUAUGGAUUAAGUCACACUAGAAAUACUAAAGUUGGGAAUGAUUUUAUUAGGGGAGUUUCUGGUGGUGAAAGAAAGCGGGUCUCUCUUGCCGAAGUCUCAUUGGUUCAAUCCUCAUUGCAAUGUUGGGACAAUUCCACACGUGGGUUGGAUGCUGCCACAGCCUUAGAAUUCAUUUCGUCAUUGAAAACAUCAGCAUCUAUCUUGAAUGAUACUCCAUUAAUUGCCAUUUAUCAAUGUUCACAAGAUGCUUUUGAUUUAUUUGAUAAAGUGAUUGUUUUAUAUGAAGGUUAUCAAAUAUUUUUCGGCUCCGCUUCCCGCGCUGCACAAUAUUUUAAAAGAAUGGGAUUUGCUUGUUCUGAACGUCAAACCAUUCCUGAUUUCUUAACAUCAAUCACCAAUCCUGCUGAGAGAUUCGUACGACCAGGAUAUGAAAAAUUAGUCCCUACUACUCCUAAGGAAUUCUACAGAUGUUGGAGAAGAUCACCAGAAAGAGAAGCACUCUUGGAAGAGAUAGAUGAUUAUUUGGAAAAUUGUGAAACCUUCGAAACAAAGAAGAAGGUCUAUGAAGCCAAGAAAGCCAAACAAUCAAAGCAUGCCAUGUCAAGAUCCCCUUAUGUGGUUUCAUUAUCCAAGCAAGUUAGAUAUAUCAUUAGAAGAGAAUAUCAAAGAUUAAGAGGAGAUUGGUUGGUUCCAGUACUUACUAUUCUUGGUAACGUUGCAAUGAGUUUGAUCUUAUCAUCAGUGUUUUUUAGAUUAAAGCCAGUGACAUCUUCAUUCUUUUACAGAACUGCUGUGAUGUAUUUCUCACUUGUCUUCAAUUCAUAUUCGUCAGUGUUGGAAAUUUAUGCCAUUUAUCAAAGUAGACCAGUUAUACAGAAACAUCGACAAUAUGCUUUAUACCCACCUUCAGCACAUGCAAUUGGUUCCAUAAUUUGUGAUUUCCCAUUAAAGAUAAUUGCCAGUAUUUGUUUCAACGUCACUCUAUACAUGAUGGUCAAUUUCAAACGAGAGCUUGGUGCAUUUUUAUUUUUCUUGUUAAUCAAUUUAAUGGCAACAUUAUUCAUGUCUCAUUUAUUUCGUACAAUUGGAGCAUUUACCAAAUCAUUAUCAGAAGCUAUGACACCAUCCUCACUUAUGUUAUAUGCAUUGGCUACUUUUACCGGUUUUGCAAUCCCAACACCAUAUAUGUUGGAUUGGUGUCGUUGGAUCAGAUACGUCAAUCCAAUGGCAUAUGCAUUUGAAGCUUUAAUUGCAAAUGAAUUUCAUGGAAGAGAAUUUGCGUGUGAUAUGAUGAUACCCAGUGGAUUCCCUUAUCCAAGAUCAGGAAAAUCCGUUGCUUGUGCAACUUUGGGUGCUGUUCCAGGAUCGAAUCGUGUUUCGGGUGAUGCUUUCAUUGCUGCUGCGUAUGGCUUUUCAUGGGAUAAUGCUUGGAGAAACUUUUUCAUUCUUGUUGGAUUUGUUGUGUUUUUAUUUUUCACUACUUUAAUCUGUAUGGAAUACAAUCGUGAUGCUGUCCAGAAGGGAGAAAUAUUGGUAUUUAAGAAGGACGAUAUUAGGAGGAGAAAAGCAUUGUUCAAUGAUUUGGAAAGUGGUGAAAGGGAAUAUAGGGAACAUAAGAGAUCCAGUCAUUUUGAAUCCGAUUCACAAUUUUCUGGAUAUUCCACAAGUUUAACGACUAGGAAAUUAUUGGAUAAUGAAAACAUAUUUCAUUGGAGGAAUUUAUCAUAUUCAUUAAAAAUCAAGUCGGAAACAAGAACCAUUUUGAAUAAUGUAGAUGGAUGGGUCAAACCGGGUGAAGUUACUGCAUUAAUGGGUGCAUCAGGAGCUGGUAAGACUACGUUAUUAAAUGCAUUAAGUGAUCGAUUGACAACGGGUAUCAUUACAUCUGGUGAACGAAUGGUAAAUGGUGGUCCAUUAGAUAAUUCAUUCCAGAGGUCUAUUGGUUAUGUUCAACAACAAGAUUUGCAUUUGGAAACUUCUACAGUUAGAGAAGCUUUAAGAUUUUCAGCAUAUCUUAGACAACCAGAAGAUGUUAGCAAGUUUGAAAAGGAAACAUAUGUCGAAAAAAUUAUCGACUUGCUUGAAAUGAGAUCGUGGGCAGAUGCAAUAGUUGGAGUUCCAGGAGAAGGUUUGAAUGUUGAACAGAGGAAGAGGUUAACCAUUGGUGUCGAAUUGGCUGCUAAACCCAGACUCUUGAUUUUCUUAGAUGAACCGACUUCUGGUUUAGAUUCUCAAACAGCAUGGUCCAUUUGCAAAUUAAUCAGAAAGUUAGCCGAUCAUGGUCAAGCCAUUUUAUGUACAAUCCAUCAACCAUCAGCAGUAUUAUUAGAAGAAUUUGAUAGGCUUUUAUUUUUACAAGCUGGUGGUGAAACAGUUUACUUUGGUGAAUUUGGAUAUAAUUGUGAAACCCUCAUUCGAUAUUUUGAAAAGAACGGUGCACCAAGAUGUCCUCCUGAUGCAAAUCCAGCUGAAUGGAUGUUACACGUUAUUGGGGCUGCUCCUGGUUCUACAGCAAACCAAGAUUAUUUCCAGGUAUGGAGAAAUUCAGUUGAAUAUGAGAAAGUUCAAAAUGAGCUUGAUCGUAUAGAAUCAGCCUCAAUUAUGUCCAAACCAAUUGAUCCAGAAUCUUCCAAGACCUAUGCAUCCCCAUUGAGAAAGCAAUAUGUUAUUGUGCUUAAGAGAUUAUUUGAACAGUAUUGGAGAACUCCUUCAUAUAUCUAUUCCAAGUUUGCCAUGGCUAUUCUUUGUAGUGCAUUCAAUGGUUUCACUUUUUUCAUGUCAAGUAAUUCAAUUCAAGGUUUGAGGAAUCAACUGCUUUCAGUAUUUAUGAUGUUUGUGGUAUUGACAACUUUAGCCCAACAAUAUGUUCCAUUAUUUGUGACCCAGCGAGACUUAUAUGAAGCACGAGAACGACCAUCGAGGACAUUUUCAUGGGUGGCAUUUAUUGCCGCUCAAAUAACUGCUGAAAUACCCUAUCAGAUUGUUGCUGCUGCUGUAUCGUUUGCUGUUUGGUAUUAUCCAGUAGGAUUGUUCAGAAAUGCUGUGUAUACCCAUACUGUUGUCGAGAGAGGUGCCUUUAUGUGGGUUAGUAUAACAUUGAUGUUCAUAUUCAGUUCAACAUUAGCUCAAUUGUGUAUCUCAUUCAAUCAAGUUGCUGACAAUGCAGCCAAUAUCAUUUCAUUCUUGUUGACGAUUUGUAUGACAUUCUGUGGUAUCAUCGCUACCAAAGAUUUCAUGCCACAAUUUUGGUUGUUUGUUUAUAGAGCAAAUCCUUUAACUUAUUUGGUUUCAUCUAUUAUGUCUAUUGGUAUUGCGGAUGCUCCUAUUAGGUGUGACCCCAUGGAACUUGUGAAAUUCGAACCGCAAAAUGUUGGACAAAAAUGUAAGGAUUACAUUGGUGCAUAUAUGUCAAUUGCUGGGGGAUAUUUGUUAAACCCAGAGUCAGAAGGUACUUGUCAAUAUUGUCCUUUGAGCGAGACCAAUCAAUUCCUUGCUGCUAUUCAUUCAAGUAUAGAUAAUUAUGGUCGUGAUACAGGGAUUUUUAUUGGGUUUAUUGUAUUUAAUAUGUUUGCUACCUUUGUCAUGUAUUGGCUUUUCAGAGUACCUAAAGGAAAUAGACAAAAUAAGAGGUUUAGUAUCUGGGAGUAUCUUUACACAGUUAAAGAAGAUCAUGAGUAG